AGGGUUUUCCAUUUUAUACAACAGGGUCUGUGUCUUCCCAGGACGGAGCUACCUAUGUAUAGGUUCAUUCGAAUUUAUUCGAAAAUUAUAUUAUAUUUAUAUAUAUACAUAUAUAUAUAUAUAUUUUUUUAUGUAUAUAUAACAUAUGUUAAUCUUAUUUAAUUCGUUUGUAUGUUUAUCUGUAACCUUGAGUGAAAAUUUUCACUCCGGUAUCUUUCAUUGAUUAGUGGGUAAACAACAUUAAGAAGUCAUAUUUUUGAUUGUUUAUCCCUUUGAUUUUUCUCUUUCCCCAAAAUUUCUUUGUAUUUUCAAGUGUUGGUAAGAGAAUAGAUGUGUUGUUGCCACGAUCAUGCCAUGUCCGUUCAAUCACAACGGUCACCUCUUCAUCGUUGUCCGUUUCGUUCUGAUUAAACAAUUUAUUUUCUGGAUGUAGUUGUUAAAUUUGAUUCAAAGCCAGCCAGCCAAGCCCACUGUUUUGUUGAUCCUUAUAAUUUUGGUCAAAGGUUGAUGAAGCAUCAUCAUGCCUUUUCCAUGGAAGAAGGUGAAGAAGACGAGCAUUUCACAAUUCGUGAAGGAGCAUGUAAAUUCUCAAAGUGGAUCUACCCUUAUGGUGGAAACUGGUUUUCCAACUUCCCUUGUGGAUCUUGUGGUCAAGAAUCGAGCAAGAUUCAAGAAACCAUCCAAGAAAAUGAUACCUACCGACCCUUCAUCCCCAUCCCCAUCCCCAUCCCCAUUCCCUUCGCUUUCUCCCCUUCCUCCCCCUUCGCCUGAAAAUUUAUCAUCCACUUCCCACCACUUCAUGAUUGAUGAUGAAGAAGAUAAAGUUCAUCCUCUGAUCUGUGAAGGUGACAAACCUGAUUCUCGAAAGAAGAGUUGCAACUUUCUUCAACAUGAACAAAGGUGGGGCAAUGGUGGUGUCAGUAUGAAUCAGGGGUUGGUGGCAGUUUUCGAGAUGUUUCUGGUGGCCUCUUUGAUUUUAGGGCUGAAUGAUCUUGUGGUGGGGGUUACCAUGUCAGCCUUCAUGUUGUUUUUCUUGGAAUAUUUAGGAGAACAGUUGUAUGGAUUUUUUUCUGGAGUGGAGAGGAGGGUUAGGUUGAUGAUACAGCUGAUUUCGGACAUCUUUAGGGCCAAAGCACUUGAAGAAGAGGAAGAUUGUGUUUUUAAGGCGCCAUUGCAGCGCCAAGACAUGUCAAAGAAUGGUUGUUCUAACUUUCAACAUCAAAUUCAAGAAAUUGAGCUUGUACAAGAAACUUAUGUUGUGGAUGGUCAAUUUGUUAGCGAGAAUAUUGAGGACUGUAUUUUGGAUGGAAAAACAAAAUGUGUAGGAUUGGAUGUAAUGGAGAAAGGAGAGGAAUCUAGAUGUGAUCUAUGUGAACUCAAGGAAAAGAAAUCUCAUAGGGCCAAGAUGAAAUCAAAAAUGAAGAAACUUGUUCCAUAUAAGUUCAGAAAGAAAAAAGGUUCACCAUUGAAGAGUCAUAUGCUCUUAGAUCAGAUAGAUUAUGUUAUUGAAGGAACAAAGGAAACUGAAGGUUCUAGUGAACAAACAAUGAAAUUCGAUGGCAUAAUGUCGUCAGUGGCAAGUAAAAUUGAUGAUAAGACAGAUAUUGUUGAGGUUGUUGGUAGUGCUAGAGAAUCAUCUAAAGGACUUACUGAUGGUAGUGUUGAAUCAUUUAAUGGUACUGAUAAAGCAACCAUUGUCAGGGAAAACGAUUUGACUGAAAGAGAGCCUAAUUCUAUGUAUAUUGCUCUCCUUUUGGUUGUUCUAAUUGGCCUUAUUGGAGGUCGGGUUCUUGCACUUGUUUUUACUUUAACAUGUUGCCUGAUGUUGAGACGAGGUGAACGAAUAGGAAGAUUCACAAAAUUUCUGUUGGAAUUUUUUAACUCAUUCAUAGAAGUCCUUGAAAGUAUGUUCAUGGUAUUGUAUGAAGAGCUGUUUAAGCCUUCCUUGAUCUGUUUAAGCCUUCCUUGAUCUUUAGAGCUUACUUUGAUGGAGAUUUCAACCUUUGGUUGACCACUCGGUCAUUGGUUUUGUGUUAUGUCCUGUAAAGUUAGUGAAAUCAGAUUAACUUUGUUAAAUUUUUGUGUCUGAAUCAAUACUCUUCUGAAUAAAUAGUUGACCCCAUUUUGUCUUUUGC